UGCUGUGAGGAAAACCAAGACGAAAUGGAAGGUUUGAUUCCAGUUAUUAAUAAAUUGCAAGAUGUCUUCAAUACAGUGGGGUCUGAGACGAUAUUAUUGCCACAGAUCGUUGUAAUUGGCAAUCAGAGUUCAGGCAAAAGUUCUGUGGUAGAGAGCCUUGUUGGGCGUGACUUUCUCCCUCGUGGGACGGGCAUUGUGACAAGGCGCCCUCUGGUGCUGCAGCUCGUCCAUGUUUCCAAAAAUGAUACUGAGGCCAGAAAAAUUGAAGGUGGAGGGACUAUUAAGGAUGAAGAAUGGGGAAAAUUCUUACACACGAAAGACAAGAUUUAUACUGAUUUUACUGAGAUCAGACGGGAAAUAGAAAAUGAAACAGAUCGCAUGUCUGGAAUAAACAAGGGAAUUUGUCCUGAACCAAUCAAUUUGAAGAUAUACUCACCAAAGAUUGUGAAUCUGACCCUGGUUGACUUGCCAGGGAUGACCAAAGUUCCUGUAGGAGAUCAGCCUCAAGACAUCGAGGGACAAAUAUAUGACCUCUGCUUAAAAUACAUUAGCAACCCAAACUCAAUCAUUUUAGCUGUAACAGCAGCCAACACAGACAUGGCUACAUCAGAGGCACUGAAACUGGCCAAAGAUGUAGAUGCAGAUGGUCGUCGCACUCUGGCUGUGGUGACCAAGCUUGAUUUAAUGGACCAUGGAACAGAUGCUAUGGAUGUGUUAUGUGGACGUGUUAUCCCAGUAAAGCUUGGCAUCAUAGGUGUAGUCAACCGCAGCCAGGCUGAUAUCAAUUCAGCAAAGGAUUUAACAUCUGCUGUGAAAGAUGAGGGUGCAUUUUUACAGAAGAAGUACCCAUCCAUAGCCAGUAGAAAUGGCACUCAUUACCUCGCAAAGACAUUGAAUAGAUUACUAAUGCACCAUAUACGAGAUUGCUUACCAGAGCUAAAGACACGUGUGAACAUUCUUAUGGCCCAGUUCCAAUCCCUUCUCAUUUCAUUUGGAGAUCCUGUUGAAGAUAAGGGUCAGCUGCUAUUACAGAUUAUCACACGAUUUGCAUCUGCUUACUGCAGCACAAUAGAGGGAACCUCAAAAUUUAUUGAAACUACAGAAUUAUGUGGUGGAGCUAGGAUAUGCUAUAUAUUUCACGAAACAUUUGGUCGUACAUUAGAAUCUGUAAACCCACUUGUGGGCUUAACAACAAUGGACAUUCUUACAGCUAUCAGGAAUGCAACAGGUCCAAGACCUGCACUUUUUGUACCUGAAGUAUCAUUUGAGUUGUUAGUAAAGCGACAAAUUCGGCGUUUGGAGGAGCCAAGUCUUCGGUGUGUAGAACUUGUUCACGAGGAAAUGCAGCGGAUUAUUCAACACUGUGGCACUCAACAAGAGAUGUUAAGAUUUCCUAAACUCCACGAGAAGAUUAUUGAUGUUGUUACACAACUUUUACGCCGUAGACUCCCUCCUACAAACACCAUGGUGGAGAACAUUGUAGGUAUAGAACUAGCUUAUAUCAACACCAAACACCCAGAUUUCCAUGAGGCCAAUUUAGUACAGAAAAGCAUGACGGAUAACACGGAGCUUCCAAAAAAUCUUCAUAAGGAACUGGUGGAUUCUAAACAAAAGGAGGAGAAUAGAGACAGUCCUAAGGACAAAAAGGUUCUCAAUAGUGCAGCAAAGGAAAACACAUGGAACUUAACAAACAUAAUCAAAAACAAAAGUAUGGACAAGUUGGAGGUGGGGACAGCCAGUGCUCCCAGUAGUGUGGCAGGAUCCCCAGCUCAUAGUAGGAAGGGAGUCAACCUGUUAUCUGAUGUGCCCACAUCAGAAAUAUCAAGAAAACUUUCACCACGAGAGAAGAGGGAUUGUGAAGUAAUUGAGUGUCUGAUCCGGUCAUAUUUCCUCAUUGUACGUAAGAACAUCCAGGAUACCAUCCCAAAAGCUAUUAUGCACUUCCUGGUAAACCAUGUCAAAGACAACUUACAGAGUGAGUUAGUCAGUCAACUGUACAAGAAAGAAGAAUUUGAGUAUCUACUUGAGGAGUCUGAUCACAUCGCAGCACGCCGUAAGGAGGCCCAGGACAUGCUGAAGGCUUUACAAAGAGCAAGUCACAUUAUUGGAGAGAUCCGUGAAACUCACCUAUGGUGAUUGCUGCCUGUAUUACAGACUCCAUGCUGGUGAUCACCUCUCUUGUGUAAACAUUCAUUUCACAAAAUACAAAAUGGACUUUAUACCAAUCUUCUCAUCAUAUUGUGUAAAAUGUGAAUAAGCUUUGUACUUUUAAGACAUUGUAUAAAUAUUUUAUCUAAUAACUCAAUAUUCCACCUGUUUAUAUCUAAAUUUAGAAAAUAAAAAAAAAUGGCAGUUGAAAUAAGAUAUAUCUAGUGUAGUUGACUGAAGUCAUGAAUACAAGAUGCUCUCAGGUCAAAAACUAAAGUCUGUCACUAGUUAUACCUUUACUAGAACAAAAACAAUACUCUUAGUAAAGGCUUGGGUCAAAUAAAGUGUUAGCAGCACCGUAAUCAAGGAGAGUUCAAAGUGCAAAGGUUACACAGACACGAUGCAUUAUGUUAGUAAGGAUUUCUUGUGACAUGUGAAAUUGAUGUAUUAAAAGUGUUAAAACAACUGUACAUUACAAUUACGGUCUUUAUAGUACAGCCUCUCUCAUUUCUAGUAUUAAUGACUAAAUUGUAAUUCGGUUAGUCAUCUGUGACCAGAUAAUGGGACAAGAUUGUAAUACCGGUAG